UAGCCCUGGGAUCAGUAUUAAGGUCGGUCUGGUUGGGAUUCGAUCUCUGCUUGUCAGAAGACUGUGGGCUAGGAACUCAGGUCUAGUCAUCUGUUCAGUAUUUCGUCAAGAUUCAGUCCGUCUUUGAUACACCUUAAAGAACCUCUCAAGAUGUUUGUUGGUACUCUGUUGAUGGCAGCCAUCUUGGUGACUAGCAUUCCUUCUCUGACGGACGCCCACGCAAGGAUGCUGGACCCGCCCUCUAGGAUGUCCGCGUAUAUUCUGGGUUUCAACACCCCCGUCAACUUUAACGAUCAUGAGAUGUUCUGUGGAGGGAGAGCUGUCCAGUGGCAACAAAAUGGCGGCAAGUGUGGCAUCUGUGGUGACCCCUGGUCAGGCCCCCGCCUGUACGAGAGGCCGGACGGUGCCAUGGUACAGCACAACGUCAUCACCAAGGUCUAUGUGGAGGGCAGCACCAUCACCAUCCAGACACAGGUCACAGCUAACCACUUG